AUGCUCUACUUUGCAUGCAGAAGAAAAGUACCCAUUUAUUUGAUAGACUUUAGCUGCUACUGUCCACCAAGUUCUUAUAGGCUACCUAUGGCCAUGUUUGAAGAGAAUAACCUUUUUGAUAAUAUGGAUCCAGAAGCUGUUGAUUUCCAAUGCAAGAUCAUAGCAAAAUCUGGAUUCAGUGAGGAAACAUCCAUUCCUCCAUCUCUUGCUCAGAUACCCAAAAUAAAAGCUCUUGCCUUUGGCCUUGAGGAAGCUGAAACAAUAAUGUUUUCAGCAAUUACAGACUUAUUUCAGAAAAACAACAUCAACCCAAAAGCCAUUGACAUACUCAUCACUAACAGUUGUGUGUUCUGUCCUACCCCAUCUCUAAGUGCCAUGAUAGUUAACAAGUUCAGAAUGAGGAGCAACAUCAUGAGCUUCCACCUAUCAGGUAUGGGAUGUAGUGCUGGAAUUAUAGCAGUGAGUUUGGCUAAAGACUUGUUGAGAGUUCAUGGGAACUCAUUGGCUUUAAUAGUAAGCACAGAAACCUUGAGUCUAAAUUGGUACACUGGUAAAGUUCCAUCCAUGUUGUUAACUAAUUGUCUAUUCAGAAUGGGUGGAGCUGCUAUAUUGAUGUCUAGCAGGGUCCAAGAUAAGCAUAAGGCAAAGUAUAAGCUACAGCAUGUUGUUAGAACAAUCAAUGCACAGGAUGAUCAAUCUCAUGGUUGUGUCUACCAGGAAGUGGAUCCAGAGAACAAAGAAGGUGUAUCAAUAUCAAAGAACAUAGUCAAUGUGGCUGGAGAUACACUAAAGAAAAAUAUAGCUUCACUAGGACCACUGGUUUUGCCAUUGAGGGAGCAAUUCCUAUAUGUGUUUUCCAUUGUUUGUCGCAAACUAUGGACUACAAGAAGAACAAGCAUCUAUACUCCAAAUUUCAAUCUUGCUUUUGAGCAUUUCUGCAUACAUUCCGGUGGAAGAGCAGUUAUACAAACAAUUGAAAAAAACUUGAGGUUAAGGAAACAGGACGUGGAACCAUCAAACAUGACUCUUUACAGGUUUGGAAAUACUUCAUCAUCUUCAAUUUGGUAUGAGCUGUGCUAUAUAGAAGCAAAAGGGAGGAUGAAAUGUGGUGAUAGGGUGUGGCAAAUUGCCUGUGGAAGUGGAUUCAAGUGUAACAGUGCAGUGUGGAAAUGUGUAUGCGACGUGAAGCCAGACACUUCAAGUGCAUGGAGGGAAACAAUUCACUCAUACCCUGUGGAUAUUGUGAGAAUAAACUAA